AUGCAUUGGUCAACUGCGCUACUCUCCUUGGUGACGACUGGGCUUGCAGCUCAGGCGGAUAAACACUAUGCCAUCAUGGAUAAUGAUUGGUAUACAGCGGGAUUUGUCCCGUACCUAAUUGCCCUAGACGGUGAUGUCGAAAUUCUGGGCCUGGCCUCGGACACGGCAAAUAGCUGGCAGCCUCAAGGCGCCCUUCACGCCGUAGCAACAUUAGAAGCAGGAAACUUGAGCUGCAUCCCUGUCUAUGCAGGCGCAACAUGGCCACUCAUCAACACCCCACUGCGCUUCCAAGCAUGGGAAGCGAUUCAUGGCAAGCUGCCCUGGGAAGGUGCCUUUGCGCCAGAGAACAAGACCCUCGAGGCUGAGGGCAAUGACCCUACCUCUGGAGAUCCCAAUCGUAUAGUCAAGGAAGCGUUCAAAGAGGGUUUCCCCAAAGGACGACCAGAGAACUCGACAUCUGCGGCGAACUUUAUGGUCGAGAUGGUCCACAAGUAUCCCGGGCAGGUAUCUAUCUACUCAGCUGGAGCAUUGACGAACAUCGCGUUGGCAGUUCGUAUGGAUCCGACAUUUGCGUCGCUAGCUAAGGAUCUGGUCAUUAUGGGUGGCUAUGUUGAUUUAAAUAUGCUUGAGGCGACGGGGAGUAUUAUGCUGGCUGAUUAUCAAUCUGACAUCAACUUGAUGAUCGACCCCGAAGCAUCAAAGAUCGCUUUGACUGCUGAUUUCCCUAACAUUACCAUCGCUGGCAACGUGGCCAAUCAGGUCUUCCCCACGGAGGAGUUUAAGAAGGAGGUUCUUUCCGUGCCUAACCCCUACAGCGAGCUCUUCGAUAAAUACUAUGAUCUCUCGUUCCCUUUCUGGGAUGAAACAGCUGCUGCAUUAAUGGUCGAUCCCACUAUUUCCGUCAAUCAGACUUCAGUCUUCUUGGACGUUGAUAUUUCUUAUGGAAGCCCCAAUUAUGGAAAUAUUCACGUUUACCAAAAGGCUCUUGCGCCUAAAGGGAUCCGCGAGGUGAACUACGUCUUUGAGAUUGAUGCCGAUAGACUUAUCCAGCGGAUCAAGCAUGCUUUGCAAUAUCCCAAGUCUUGCGCUGAUUUGAAAUAA